AAGCAUAACAAAACUUUUAUCGUUAAAACAUCUUAUCGUGUGGCUGCAGACGUGUUUAAAAUAAAUCAGAAGGGAUGCAGAACUAGCCACCGUUCAUCGCUUUCGGCUCAAUUACGAGUAAAAAGCGUACGCCCGUAAGCUUAUCAUUGUAAUGUGAAUCUUUACGAAUGGUUUGCUUCGCUUGACCGGCACCAUGCCAUGACCAGUUCUCCGGAAGAAUUGCUGGCUCAGUAAUCUGUCGCUCUUCGGCGGAGUCGUUUCGUGGAUGUUCAAAUGUUGUUCCCUUUGUCGUCUCGCACGCUAUUGAACCGUUGGAUUAAUCAUUUUGGCGUUGUUGAAAUCAAUGCAAAAACCAGGCCACGCCGGCUAAUCGACAGAAGUGGUCAAUUGUCCGUUCUAGUGCAAUUUACCGCUUCUUACAGUGGGUUACGCGAACGAGCAAAGAAAUCUAUUAGCUCUUCCGAUUUCCGAGGAUACAGAUAUCAACAGUACUCGCAAAUGCUACCAUCAAAUCCAACCAUGACUUGGCGUGGUCCAAUAGAACCAGCUUGUUUUACCAAAAACAUGACUUUCUUCACCAAGCAGAAGCAAACCUACGAAAAAGAUAAUCAAUCUUUACGAUUAACGGUGGCGCUCGACAAGCCGUUGGUGUUUAUCUUUGCCUGGUUACAAGCAUCGGAAAAACAUCUGGCAAAGUACGCCGAAUUCUACCUGGAACAGGGCUUCGAUGUGCUAUGCGUCCAUAUAACACCCUGGCAAUUGGUGUGGCCAGUUUACGGUUCGCAGAAAGUUGCAGCGGAUAUCGUAAAAUUUCUCUCCAACAACGACUUUCCCGAGGGCAUCGUGAUACACGGAUUUUCCGUCGGAGGCUAUCUUUGGGGUGAGUGUUUGGCGAAGCUACAUGCUGUCCCGAUCGGCAGACGUGUGCUGGAAAACAUCCGUGGUCAGGUGUGGGAUAGUUUGGCGGAUAUAACGGAAAUCCCGGUUGGCGUACCACACGCAUUGUUGCCCCAUAACCCAACGCUACAGGGCGUCCUGCGUAACUACAUCAACUACCACAUGAAGCUGUUCCACGAGGAAGCUACCCAGUACUACGUUAAAUGUACGCAUCUCUUCCAUUACGAACCGGCGCUGUGUCCGGCGUUGCUGCUCGUUUCGAAAACCGAUCCAGUCGGUACGGAAAAGGCAAACAAUCGACUGCGUGAUAUUUGGGAAUCGGUCGGUGUAAAGACGUCGUUGAAGUGCUGGGAUAAGUCGCCCCAUGUUGGACAUUUCCACAAGCAUCGAGACGAGUACAUUGAGUUGCUACUGGCGCACCUUCGUGCCCUCGAUUUACCGAUGUAUAAUCGAAAAGCUAAGCUCUAAUGACCCGACGACAGGCUGUUUGCAUCAUUUCGCGAGUGAUGACAAGAAAUUUCAGUACUUGGUACAGAAAAGAAACUUCACUUCGCUCGAUCUGGACCGGUUCGAUUUAAAGCGAUAACGUGAUAAGCGGUCCAUCAGGGAUAAGACAAUGUUGCUGCAGUGACUACUCCUGAAACAUCAUACAAGUUUAGCCUUUAUACAGCUAACAGCUGACUUCUGGUCUGAUAAAUCAACAAGCAAGAAUUAAAGAAAUACACAAGUGUUCGAUAUCUAUCAGCUGAGCGGAUUACCUCCAACACCACCCCAACCGAAGCAGAGUAUGUAUUCCGAUAAAAAUUAAUAAAUACCUCACAAAUAAAGAGAGAGCA